CAUCACCGCCUCCUCGUGCUCCGCCUGCGCCCCUCCCGCAUUUAAAGCCCGCGCCAACCCCUGCUGCCGCCAUUGCUGCCCCCCUCGUCUCAGCGUGAAGCAGUAGGUAGCUCAGGCCUCUGACCCAUCCAUUACUCCUGCCACUCAACUACCAGUCCUUGUACUGGAGUGCAGCAGCAGCUGUGAGGCAGAGAGCCAUUUUACAAGCUGCGCGCGCCGAGAGGAGGCUCAGCGAGCUACCUAGCUAGGUGGAUGAGGAUGGAGCGCAAUGGCGGCGUCCCCGCUCCCUCUCUCGCUCUCGUCGCCGUCUGGCUUCUCUGCUGCGCCGCCUCCGCGGCCUACUCCGUGCCGGCCGACCCCAGGCGGCAACCUUCGCCUGGACCUGGACGCGGAGGCUACCGCCACGGCCCUGCACCUGCAGCGUCCCCGCGCCCGCACCACCACCACCGUCAGCACGGGCACUCGCCUGCUCCGGCAUCGCCGCACCACGCUCCGUCGCCGUCGCCGACCGCAGGGGCCGACGGCCUGCCAUCGUCUCGCCCGCCGUUGCCGGUCUACACGCGGGCCCCGGAGCCGCAGGCGACCACCACGCCGCACUUCGGGUUCCCGCUGGAGCCGACGGUGGGCGUCUCUGCGAGCGGCCCAUCCGGAGCACUGCCGAAAAAGGGAGACGGCGAGGGGUACCCGUUCAUCGGCAGCAACCCCACCGUGCCGCUGCCCACCGGCGUCACCGACACCGCCACCGUGCGCCCGCUCCCGGACACGACCCGCGCCGACGACAACGCCAAGGUGGCCGGGCGUGCCGCCGAGCCAGUCCGCGCCGGGGCCGCCAUGAUUGGCCUCCUGAUGGCCGUCCUCUCCACUGUUGCCUUGUUGCUGUCCUCCUGGAGCUAGCUGAAAUCAUUGUCCUUCGCUUUGCCGCCGUGUCAACUCUUACAUGUUUCGUACCUGUCUUUUGAAUGACUGUAAAUAUGAGUGAGUGUGGAUCAUCAUCAUUUCAUCUGCCUAGUGCAAAAACUUUGGGAUCCAUUCAGAAA